CAACCAUGGUUAGUUAUUAUCAUCAUCUUCCUUGAACACAUUGACCUCUCCUCCCUAUUUAUCUCCUAAAUUCAUCUCAAAUUUUCACUUCCAUUUUUGUUUUCUCUACUGAAAAAAAAUCCAUGGAGUAUCCAACAUUAGACAUAAAUGUUGUCUCCGGAAAAGAUCUCAACAAGGUCAAUCUCAUCACAAAAAUGGAUGUAUACGUCGUCGUUUCAAUCUCCGGCGCCGAUGACGACAGAUCUAAUCAGAAAACCAAAACCCACGUUGAUCAUGACGGUGACAAUAACCCUACCUGGAAUUUCCCCAUCAAAUUCACCAUAGAUGAUAGCCCUGCUGUUCAAAACCGUUUGCAUCUUGUUUUCAAGCUUCGAUGUCAAAGGGCGCUUGGAGAUAAAGAUAUUGGACAAGUUGAGGUACCCAUCAAAGAGCUUCUCGAAUCUUCCAAUACCACUAAACAAUUUGUAAGUUAUCAAAUCAGAAAACCUUCCGGUAAACCCAAAGGUCAACUCACUUUUUCCUAUCAAUUUAGUGAUAAGAUCACCGGUAAUACUGUCGUUGAUUCUAAAAUUGAAAACCCCGUUACUGCUUAUCCGGCGGCAAAUCCAACCCCGAUGGUGGGAUCCACUUCUGUGUACCCACCAAUACCGCCGCCGCAGCAAGGUCCAAGUGGGCUAUACCCACCGCCUCCGAUCUACGCUUCUGGUGGGAGUGGUCCUGCUCCUCCACCGCCGGUGGCAUAUCCACCAUCUGCAACGGCAGGUUAUCCACCGCAACCGAUGGGUUAUCCACCAGUUGCAGCGGGAGGAUAUGGAUAUGGAUAUCCACCGGUGGCGGCAUAUACUCCGCCACCGCAGUAUGGAUAUCCACCUCAUCAAGGUGGACAUGGAUAUGGGUAUCCACAGGUGCAACGGCCGCCGAAGAAGAAUAAUAAUAACAUGGCGUUAGGAUUAGGGGCGGGUUUGCUUGGUGGAGCACUUGGAGGAAUGAUAAUCGGAGAUGCAAUAUCAGAUGUUGGAGGAGGUUUUGAUGGUGGAUUUGGUGAUGUUGGGGGAUUUGAUUUUUGAUUUUUUUUUUUUAGUUUUAAUUCGAGUGUUUUUAUUUCAUGAGUAGAAAUUAGUUCUUGUGAAAAUUGUGAUAUUAUGAAUUUUUUGAUAACAUAAAUAAAUAAUUAUUGAAUGUAUGUAUUAUCUAUUUGAGUUGAUUAUUUUGGUUUUCUAAA